CAGCCACUGUCGGUGUCGGUGACGGUGAAUCCUCCCUAUAAUUCAUAAUUCAUACCCAAAUUUCUUGCAAACAAAUAUAUAAAUAUUAUUAUUAAUUAUUAUCCCAAUAAUUUCCCUACCACAAAAUCCAUUUCAAUCUUUCCUCAUAAAAUCAUAACUUUGCAAAUAAUACAUAAAAAUAAAUAUUCCCAAAAAAUAAAAGGUGACAGGUCAGAGCCUCACAGGUGAGCGAGCGAGCAGCGAGUAGCUCCCCCUUCACUUUCUUAUUUAGCUUUUCAACCUGCAAAUUCCUUAUUUACUCUGUGCAUUAAACCCUUCCUUCUAAGUUGUGUUUUUCCUUCCUCAUCCAGAAAGUUAGCCGAUCAAGAUCUGUGAAAAAUGGCGGGGCAGCUCUCGAUUUGGAUAAUGGUGCUGGCGAUCUGUGCUUGUGCGGUGUUCGCGGGCGCGGAUCCUUCCGAUAAAGAGAUAAUCGUGAAGAAGGAGAAUGGGAAGAAGGUCUGCAAGCAAGGAUGGGAGUGUAGUACCUUCUCGGUCUACUGUUGCAACCAGACGAUUUCGGAUUUCUUCCAGACGUACCAGUUUGAGAAUCUCUUCUCCAAGAGGAACUCGCCGGUGGCCAAGGCCGUGGGCUUUUGGGACUACAGAUCUUUCAUCAUCGCCUCCGCCAUUUAUCAGCCGCUUGGGUUCGGGACUACCGGCGGCAAGCUCAUGCAGAUGAAGGAGGUUGCUGCUUUCCUUGCCCAUGUCGGCUGCAAAACUUCUUGUGGUUAUGGAGUGGCCACAGGAGGACCACUGGCAUGGGGCCUGUGUUACAAUAAGGAAAUGAGUCCCAGCCAAAGUUACUGUGAUCCUUUCUUUAAAUAUGAGUACCCAUGUGCUCCUGGAGCAGAAUACUAUGGACGUGGUGCAAUACCAAUCUACUGGAACUAUAAUUACGGGAAAAUAGGCCAAGCCAUUAAGGUUGACUUGUUGAACCAUCCCGAAUACAUUGAACAAAAUGCAACUCUCGCAUUCCAGGCGGCAAUUUGGUCUUGGAUGACGUCUCCCAAACGCAGCAUACCUUCUGCCCACGAUGUAUUUGUCGGGAACUGGAAACCCACAAAGAAUGACACAUUGGCCAAACGUGUAACUGGAUUUGGAACCACUAUGAAUGUCAUGUACGGUGAUAUUGUUUGCGGUCAAGGUGAUAUUGAUGCAAUGAACAACAUCGUAUCUCACUAUCUCUAUUAUUUGGACUUGCUUGGUGUUGGUCGGGAGUUGGCUGGAGAUCAUGAAGGACUCACCUGUGCCGAACAGGUUCCUUUCACCAAAUCACCAUCUCCUAAAUCAUCCUCUUGAAGAAAGAAAAAAAAAAAAAAAAA